CCGGAAAUGACGCAACGUCGUCGAUCGUCGUUGACAAUCGGAGAGGGCGAAUAUGUAGUCCAUUUUCAGAAUCGAUAAAUGAAUCGUAAAUAUUUUUGUGUAGAAGUGGUAAUAUUGUUGCUGCUCUCACAUGUAGGGUGGAAUGGUCCUUCCACUACCAUUAUGUCUUGUUCUCGUAGUAAAUCUCGUUUGGUAAGAAAUGUCAUUGAAAAGAAAUUUAUACCUGUAUUAGACAGAUACAAAGUUACUCUUCCUCUUGAUUGUCCAUUUCAUAAACAAAGAGAUGUAUUUUGGUGGCCAGAAAAGAAUGUUGGUGAAAAUGAGAGAUGGAUUUGUCCUGCAUGUACUAUGACAUUUCAUUGUGAAGACUCUCUGAUUAAUCACUGGGAUGCAAUGCAUACUGCUGAUAGAUCAAAACUAACUACACUAAAAAGCAUCUUUCCUGCUGUUAUCAGACAAUGCACUUUAGGGUUAUUAGCCACAUUAUCUUUAAAAGAUUUUCAUGAUAUUGAAGAUGAAUUGAACAAAGUUGUUUGCUCAUAUCUAACUUGUGAUCGUUUCUGGGAUGAUUCAUUACAAGAUAUAAAUCAAGUUCCCAUUUUAUUUUGCCUCAUCAUUGGUCUAAUUAUGGUGGGUGGAUUUUGUUUAUGUUAUUAUAUUGUUUGGAUAUUAUUUGAUUCUUCUCCUUAUGAAGAAAUUCAUUGCAAUGGGCUUAAUUUUCCGAAUGUUACUUGUACACCACGUCCUAGUAUUUUUCCAGAAUACCGUUAUCAAAGGUUUCGAAAUAAUAAUAGAUUUCCAAGACGGUGAUGAAGUGAAUAUAUUUAUUUUUAAACACAUACUCCUGUUUCCGUUAUCACUUCAAGGCAUAUAUCAAGAUACCAUGAACAAAGAACAAUACAAAGUAUCUUGA